AUGAUACGAUCAUCAGCCUCGACUCCCUCGCUGAGGUCGAGGGAUGGAGCCGUGCCUAUGCACACCAGAGCAGAUGGAGGUGGAAAUGUAAAGGUCGUUGUCCGUGUCCGGGCCUUCCUGCCUAGAGAGAUAUCGCGCGGAGCAGAAUGUCUGGUCCAGAUGGACCCCAUCACGCAAGCGACGACGCUUCUGCCCCCGGAUGACGAUACCGCGCCAUCCAAAGCCAAGUCUCGCAGGGUUGUCGAGGAAAAGACGUUUACAUUUGACAACUCGUUCUGGAGCCACGACGACAAGCAGCAAGCAUACGCGAACCAAGAAGACGUCUACAACUGCCUAGGCGAAGAGUUCCUUGACCACAACUUCGAGGGCUAUCACACAUGCAUCUUUGCCUACGACCUCUUUGAGCGGAUCGCGCAGGCCCGCGACGAGACACCUAACAUAUCCUAUAACGUGAGGGUGUCAUACUUUGAGGUUUACAAUGAGCACGUCCGAGACUUGCUCGUCCCGGUUGUGCCUAAUCAACCGCCCUACUAUCUCAAGAUUCGUGAGUCGCCGACCGAGGGCCCCUACGUCAAGGACCUUACCGAAGUUCCCGUACGGAGCUUGAACGAAAUCCUCCGUUACAUGAAGAUGGGCGACUCGUCGAGAACGACGGCAAGCACCAAGAUGAACGAUACCAGCAGCCGAAGCCACGCUGUCUUCACCAUCAUGCUCAAGCAGAUCCACCACGACAUGGAGACGGACGAGACGACGGAGCGGAGCUCGCGCAUCCGGCUCGUCGAUCUUGCGGGCAGCGAAAGGGCAAAAUCGACCGAGGCGACGGGCGUGCGGCUUCGAGAGGGCAGCAAUAUCAACAAAUCUCUGACGACGCUCGGUCGGGUCAUUGCUGCUCUCGCGGAUCCCAAGCACCGCAACGGAAAGCGGCGAGACGUGGUGCCUUACCGAGACUCGAUCCUCACUUGGCUCCUCAAGGAUUCCCUAGGCGGAAAUAGCAAAACGGCGAUGAUUGCCUGCAUCGCGCCGUCAGACUAUGACGAGACGCUGUCGACGUUGCGGUACGCCGACCAAGCCAAGAGAAUCCGCACGAGGGCCGUGGUCAACCAGGACCACCUCACCACCGCGGAAAGGGAUGCCCAAAUCGCCACCAUGGCCGAGGAGAUUCGUACACUGCAGCUCGUAGUUUCGGACUCGAGGCAGCGCGAGAAGAAUGUCAAGGACCAGGAAGAGAGGCUCGAGGAGUACCAGAACCGCGUGGCCAUGAUGCAGCGCAUGAUGGAGGAAAAGACACUGGUGGCCGAGGGCAAGAUUCGCAGCCUGCAGACAGAGAAUGAGGCGUUGCGCCUGCACCUCAAGCUCGCCCUCGAGAGUAUCAAGAACCCGAUCCCCGCCGUCACAGUUGCCCCGCCCUCGGAUACCGCGGACUGUAAGGCGAGGGUGGCAGGCGAGGGCCACGAGGACAAGGAGAACACACCACGCCGCGACGAAGAGGACGAGGAUUAUGAGGAUGGCUACUCGUCGGGCACCCUGCACGAGAGCGGCGAUGAGGAUGAGGACAUGGGAGACGACAUGAGGGCGCUGCUCAAGGAUCUGGACCUGUUUCGGCGCAAGAUUGGCGACGACAAGUCAAGAUUUUUUGAGGGUAGGCGGGAGCCGCUGAGCGCACGCAUCAAUGUUUAA